AUGAUAUAUUUGCAUCAUUUUGAUUCGAACUUCCAAACCGAAACAAUUCAUCGUCGUAAUGAUACAUUUACAUCUUUGCAAGAUGUAAAUGCAUCAUUACGAGCAUUGUCAUCUCCUCUGCCACCAUCGGAAUUAUCAAAAAUCGUUUAUAAUACCGACAUCGAAACAACUUUAGAUUAUGUAAUAAAUUUAACAUCCAGUGUUACCGACAGAGAACCUCAUAACGAAAUCAUGGAAGAUUUUAUUGUUAUCUGGUUAGACGCUAACAUUGAACAAAAAGAUAAAUUAUUUGAUACAAGAUCUAGAUUAUCUUCUAUUAUUCAUUAUAUAAAAACAUUUCGUAAUAUUGAUGAUUUUAUGGAAUAUAUUUCAACUGUUAAAAUUGAAAAAAUAUUUCUUAUUACAUCCGGAUCAUUAGGUGAACAAGCCGUUCCAUUACUUGAAAAUAUGCAACAAAUUUUAUUCAUCUAUAUUUUUUGUUUUGCAAUAUCUGAACAUAAAAUAUGGGCAAGAAAAUAUUCAAAAAUCGUUGGUGUUUAUAACGAUCAGAACUUGCUUAUAGAUCAGUUGAAAAAUGAUGUUACAUGCACUUCAAAACUUUUAACACCGAUGAGUGUAUUUAGUGUUGAUGAAACAGGUCAUUCAAUUCAAGAUUUGAGUGAAGAAAGAAUAAACUUUUUGUGGUUUCAAUUAUUAAUCGACAUACUAAUUCAUGUUUCAAACACUGAUGAUCAAUUUUCAAAAAGUGAAUCCAAAAAAGAGCUGAUACAAAAAUGUCGUUACCAUUAUAAAAAUAAUUUUACUGAAUUGAAAAAAAUUGAUGAAUUUACACAACAGUACCUUCCUUCAAAAGUUAUAUAUUGGUAUACACGUGAUUGUUUUAUGUACAGACUUUUGAAUAAAGCAUUUCGUACACAGGACAUAACAAUGAUAUUAAAAUUCCGAUUCUUUAUUUCUGAUCUCUAUGAAAAACUAUAUCAGAUGCAUAAAAACUAUAUACAAACACUCCCGAUGAAUAACAUCGUGUUAUACCGUGGACAACAUAUGUUUAAAACUGAACUGAAAAAAUUAGAAAAUAGCGUUGGCGGUUUCAUAUCAAUGACAACAUUUCUUUCAACUACGACAUCAAGUGAAUUAGCCUUAAGUUUUGCUACUGAUCAUCCAUUUGCAGCAAGCGUUCUGUUUGAAUUUGAUAUUGAUGUAAGACAUAUGGAUAAAGCACCAUUCGCAGACAUUCAUCAAGAAAGUGAAAUGAAAGAAGAAAAUGAAGUGUUACUCUGUGUAGGUUCAAUUUUUCAAAUUAAAUCUGUUGAAUUAUAUACAAAUGAUUUAUGGUAUAUUUCUUUGAAAUCGUGUGAUGAAAAGAACAUUCAAUGUAAAGAACUAGUGGACUAUUGGAAAAUACUCGAUAUAAAAAAUCCUCAUCUAGCUAAUAUGUGUACCUUAGGAGAUAUAAUGAUGAAUAUGGGUGACUAUGAAAAAGCAAAAAUAUGUUUUAAAAUGCAUAUGACUCAAACUAUAACAAAUGAUCAAACAGGAAGACGUAGUAUAAUUGUGUUUUACCACCCAGAAACACAAAAAGCUUUGAUUGGUAUGGCAACAGCUUGUUUAUGUCAAGAUGACUAUGUUAAUGCAUUAGUAAAUUAUGCACAUGCGCUUAAAAUACAGUUAUUAUCUGCGGGAGACGUAUUAGCCAUAAUUAAGUUGUACGACCAAAUUGGGUAUGUUUAUCAAUUAAGUGGUGAUUAUCAUAGUGCUUCCUAUUAUUAUUUACAAGUUUUGGAAAAAGUAAAUGAGACAUAUUCUACAGACCAAAUUGAACAUGCUAUAGCCCAUGUACAUCUUGGGAAAAACUUUUAUCAUCUAGAAGAAUAUGAAAACGCAUUGUUUGAAUUUAAAACAACUAUCGAGAUUUGUUCUAAAUUGGUACAAAAACAAGUUUUGAUAUAUGCUUAUAUGGGAAUGGCAAACGUUAAUGUAAAAGUUCAUGAUUACGCAUCUGCCUUGGAAAACGUAAACUUAGCGCUUAAUUUACUUGAAAUCGAGGCAUCAACAACAAACGAUUCUCAUAUGUUAGCGAAUUUCUAUAGGAAAGCUGCCGAUAUAUACGCUAAAUUAAAUGAAAAUGAAUUAGCAAUGCUGACAUAUAAAAGAUCACUUGAAUCAGCCUUAAAUAUUUAUUCAUCGAAUCAUCCUAUCGUUCGAAACUUACACUUAAGAAUUGCUCAACAAUGCUUAACUUGGAUUAAAACUGACCAUUCACAAGCAGAAUAUCAUAUUGAAAAAGCCGCUGAUAUUUAUUUACACUGGAAGGCACCAAAGCUAAACGAAUGUCAUAGCUCAACAGACAAAAUUACGAUGACAGACAUAGACAACUCUAUAGUCACUAAUACAAUCGGCGCGGAUGUCACAUCACAAUAUUUGAAGCUAGGUAUAGGAUAUGAAGAAAUUAGCGACUAUGAUCGAGCUUUGACCUGUUAUACAAAAGCAUUGGAUAUACUCUCAAAACAUGUCCUCGUAAGUGAUCCUGAGUUUGUUAUAUUGUCAUAUACUAUAGCAAGGAUUUAUGAUAGAAAAAACUGUCAUGCUGAAGCAUUCAAACUCAUUAUCAAAACAUUGACGAUUCGCCCAGAAUGUGCACAAGAAUAUUAUCCAGAAGUGUCUAUUUUAUGUAACCGUUUCGAUAAACUCCAAACGAGAAAUCCAUGUGAACUGGCGCUGAAAGAAUGUGAACAAAUACUUCAACUCUUUCUAAGAUAUUUGCCAGCUGAUAACCUCGCUUCAGCAAUCAUGUUUUCAAACAUUGGAAUACUUCAUUGUGAUCAAAAUAAUUACUCACGAGCACUGGAAUCUUUUGAAAAAGCUUUGGCAAUUACACUAAAUCGUGUAACGCCUCCUAUAACAAGUGUAGCAAGUAUUUAUUACAGUAUAGCUGUUGUUCAUUUCAAGCAAAAAAAUUAUACUAAAGCGGUAGAAAUAUUUAACAGAGUACUUGAGAUUUAUAUUAUGACUUUGCCCUCCAAUGAUAUUAAUUUAGCAAAUCUCUACAACUAUAUUGGGAAAACAUAUUCGUUUAUGAGACGUUACAAGGACGCACUACCGAAUUGUCAAAAAGCUUUAAGGAUAUUCCAAGAACAUGUCGGAAAUAAACAUGCCGAUACUGAAGAAAUGUUUAUCAGGAAGCUUAUUUUAUGUCUUAAACUGGAAAUCUAUCAUCGAAACCCCAACGUUAAAGUCGAAUCAAAGGUGAUAUGUAGCAAUCGAUAUAGUAAGAAUACUAUGUUUAGUUAUAGAACUACACCAGAAGAUUUGGUUAGAAUCAGAACUGGACUAGUUUGGGGCAGUAAUUCUGAUUCAGACUCGGACCAUGAACUGGAUGAUGAUAAUAAUAAUAAUAAUAAUGAUAGUUCUGCCUACUCUUCGACUGAUGAAGAAGUGCCAAACGAGAUUGCUGUGCCACUUAAUGCAUUUAGAGCAUAUAAAGAUAGAUACGUUCGAAAACAGCUGCAUGUUGAACGUUUGGGCAAUUCUGCAUUAAAAAGUGGCACGAACAUUAUUACAGCAAGUAAAGAACUGUCUAUAAAAGAAAAGUAG